AUGAAUCCCCCAAAUACGAAUCUUCGUGCCUUCAACCUCGCCGUGCAAACCCUCCUCAGCACACCCUCUCAAUUCCUCCCGCAUCUUACAGUCCCGACAAUCACCCAUCUCCCCGAGUCAAUCGGUCCGCUCCUCGAAACACAGUACGCGCCUAACGCAAGCCAAGAAGAAAAAGAAAGCGGAGGAAACCGAAGGAUAUUGAUUCGCGCCCUCGUACUCGACAAAGACAACACCCUCUGUCCCGCAAAAACAACCACAUUCCCAUCCAACAUCUACGCGCACCUCCACAUGCUCCGCAACUCACCAACGUCCCCAUUUAACAUCACGAGUGCGCCGAACUCUAUUCUCAUCGUUUCGAACCGCGCAGGCUCGCACCCGCGCUACGAGUCCGAGGCUUUGGAAAUUGAGGAGCGGCUGGCGGGGCUCAAGAUCCCCGUGUUCCGGUUACCGCUAUCUCCGAAGGAGGGCGUGAUUGUUGAGAAGAAGCCAUUCUGUGGAAAUGAGGUGCUAGAGUGGUUCCGGGAGCGUGGGGUAGUACAGAGCGCGGACGAGAUUGCGGUCGUCGGAGAUCGGUUGGGGACAGAUGUGCUUAUGGCGAAGGAAAUGGGGGCAUGGAGUGUUUGGUGUCGGGAUGGGGUUGGAGAGGAUGUGACCAAGGGAAAGAGAAAUGUACUUGAGAAGAUGGAGGUUUGGGUUGAGCGGUACCUGACGGAGUCCAGGGGGUUGAAGGCGCCGGCGCCGCGAGGAUACAGGUCAAAGAGUGACUGA